CUGCAGGACUUAAUCUUCAUUAACAACAAAUUUGUCAAUAGUCUGUCGGGUAAGACAUUUGGAGUGGUGGAUCCGUCAACGGAAAAGGAGGUGUGUUGUGUGGCGGAAGGGGACGCGGCCGACAUUGAUAGUGCAGUGAAAGCGGCUAGGGCGGCCUUUCUUCGUGAUUCACCAUGGCGUUGCAUGGAUGCUUCGCAGCGUGGUCGACUGCUUUAUCGUCUGGCCGACGCCCUCGCUGCCAACGUAGACUACCUCAGUCAGUUGGAGGCCUUGGAUGCUGGCAAACCUUUGGAAUCGGCUCGGGGAGAUGUGGAUUUCGCCAUAGACACCGUUCGCUACUAUGCGGGUUAUGCGGAUAAAAUCCAUGGCAAGGUAGUGAUUCCUUGCAACGGGGACGUCAUUUGCUACACCCGGAGGGAGCCAGUUGGGGUGGUGGGGGCCAUAAUUCCCUGGAAUUACCCGCUGGAUUUGAUUGCGAUGAAGGUGGCGCCAGCGUUGUGCGCUGGGUGCUGCAUUAUUGUCAAACCAGCCGAGGAGACUCCACUUAGCGCACUCUUCUUUGCGCAUUUGGUUGAACAAAUAGGUUUUCCGCCGGGUGUGGUGAACGUGGUUCCGGGUUUUGGUGAAACGGCCGGUGCUGCGUUGGCGAGUCACCCUGACGUGGACGCGGUGACUUUUACGGGCAGUACUGCUGUGGGUCACUCGGUUAUGCUUGCUGGUGCCGGUACUUUUAAGCGUGUUAAUCUGGAACUGGGCGGCAAGUCACCGCUUAUAAUCUUUGCCGAUGCCGACCUUGAUAAGGCUGCAUCGGUGGCAUUUGAGGGCGUGAUGGAAAAUGCGGGGCAGUGUUGUGUUGCAGCUACUCGCACUUUUGUGGAGGCGUCCGUAUAUGAGGAGAUGUUGGAACGUUUUAAGCGGCUUGCAGAACAGCGCGUUGUCGGUGAUCCGUUCAAAUCUGGAGUUGAACAGGGUCCCCAGGUACUAAUUUGCUUUGCUCUUUCUCUUGUCACUUUUGAGGAGGGUGCUCGUCUUGUGGCUGGUGGUAGACGUUUGGGCGAUAAGGGAUUCUACAUCGCACCCACCGUAUUUGGUGACGUCAGAGACGAUAUGCGAAUCGCAAGUGAGGAGAUCUUUGGACCGGUGCAGGUAGUCCUGCAGUUUCACGAUAUUGAAGAGGUUAUUCAACGCGCUAACUCCUCACAUUAUGGCCUCGGUGGCGGCGUCUUUACCACUGACAUGGACAAGGCCUUUCGAGUCGCUCAGGCUCUCGAAGCUGGCACUGUCUGGUUUGUGAUCAACAGUUACAAUACUUCGCCCGUAAUGCAGCCGUUUGGAGGAUAUAAACACUCGGGAGUAGGCCGAGAAAACGGCAAAGACGGACUCAAGUUCUUCACAGAAAUCAAGACGGUUUCAAUGCCGAUUUCAAAGAAGAACUCGUAA